AUGGAUGGGAUCAGGCCAUCCCGGUCGAGCCGGCCGUACCAGCGCACCUACAAGGCAUGCAUCCCUUGCCGGCAACGUAAGGCCAAAUGCGAUCUAGGAUCAGGGACCGAAGGCCGAUCUGAUGGAUUCCCGAUCGGCCCACCAUGUGUGCGAUGCCGCAGGGAGCUGAGGGAGUGUGUCUUUCCCGAGAAACGUGCGUGGGAGAGGUCCCGCAAACGAGCUCGAUCUUCUGCGGACUAUGAGACGGAUGUUUCGCCCCGGCAGGUUGGUCAUUUCACAGAGGCUUCGCCUGAUGCUACACUUGUUCAUGGCCGAGCAGACCAGUAUCCACAUACUGUCGACAGGGCUGAUGCGAAACCGCAGACGAAUCACUUUCAGCAGUCGCCUGGCUUUCAACCUGGGUGGUCUGUUCAUCGUGGUCAAUCGCGGUCUCAGUAUGGCUCGUAUGACCAUGGCGGGGCUAUGGAACGGCCACGCCCUGAUCAAACUGAUCAAUCGCCCUCGAGUACAUAUGAAAACAGCAAGCACCGGUCUAAUUCCUCGCUGGCAAACUCUAUGAUGCGGACUGUCGUUGCGAGCGGGAAUGAUGCAUUGAAUAUUUUGUUCGAGGCGGCUACUGCUCAAGAAGAGCACCCUGCUGAUACAAGUUCAGAAUCACUGGCUGGGCCUCCGUCGGCAGGUCCCAAUAAUCAUGACCGAACGCCUAGGAAUUAUGAUGCUGCGUUUGAUCUAGUGACUCGGGUAAUUUACCCUGUACAGCUAUCUGAUGCCUCGCGAGACACUCUCAAUGUCUGGGAGGCUUGUCGGUUUGUUAAGAUGGGCUGGUUUACUGCCAGAGAAGCUGUGACAUUCAUUGAUUUAUUCUUCAAGAACAUGUCAUGCCUAUCUCCAAUCUUAACGGACUUCUAUGCCAACCACCGAUAUCAUUACUGGCUGAUCACCCGAGAGCCUGUCUUAUGCUGUACUAUUCUCAUGAUAUCCUCUCGCUACCAUGUUCUCCCUGGAGCCGGAGGUGAAUCAAGAAAUUUCUUUAUCCACCACAGACUCUGGCUACAUUGCCAGCAGUUGACGAUGAGGCUCAUAUUCGGACAGGAGAAGGCCACUAAGUCCAAAAUUCGAAGCCUUGGUACCGUGGAGGCCUUACUAUUAAUGUCAGAAUGGCAUCCUCGCUCGCUCCAUUUCCCACCAGACACAGAUGGCUGGGACGAUGAUCUGAUACCACCAGCUCCUGUUACCCAUGAACAAAACGAUCAGCCUGCCAACCGUUGGCUCGAAGACAUGAUUGAACCAGCACGCCGAUCUGAUCAAAUGUCUUGGAUGUUACUGGGUUCUGCACUUUCUCUUGCACAUGAACUAGGCAUCUUCGAGACUGAGGAGAGUAGCUCGCCAGCAGAAGAGCCAGAAUGGCGAGAUCAAAUGACGCUUCGUUGGCAACGUGUACAGCGUCUGUUGUACGUCUACAUCAAUCAAUUAGCCUGGCGGAUUGGAUGCAUGUCGCCAAUCCCUCAGUCAUUGAACCAUGCUAUCCUUGGUGGGCGAAAACCACAGGGGCUAAGCCAGCCUGGAAGCACUUGGUUGACAUUUAUGGACUCAUGGAUUGAAUUGACCAAGCUAGCUAAGUCUGUCACUGAUAUGUUCUUCCCGUCCGCAGCGUUCGCACGCCAGCAAUUGCAUAGCGGCCGCUAUGUCGGCUUGCUAGAGCAUUUCCGACCUCUCCUCAACCAAUGGAAAGACAGGUAUCUGCAGGUAGAAGUCCUUGACAAGGCAUUCUACAAUGAUCUCUUCAUCGAAUACCACUUUGUCCGGGUGUAUACCCAUUCUGUUGGAAUGCAAGCUGUGGUAGAGCGAGCUGUGGCAGAAAACGAUCCCAACAAUUUCGACGAAGUGCGACCUAUGGCGAUUGACCCAACCGACUAUGAAUAUAUCCAAGAGGUGAUCGACGGAUGUUGCCAAAUCUUGCAGAAAGUCACCCACCUAGCUGAUGCAGGUGCUCUGCGAUUCUCGCCGGUGCGCAUUGUCCUCCGUAUCACCAGCGCCUCGAUCUUCUUGAUGAAAGCGCUCAGUCUGGGUACUCGACAUGCAAAGCUCCAAGAAUCACUUCAGAUCCUGGAGAAAAGUAUCAAAGCACUCAAAUCGAAUGCAUUAGAUGACGUGCAUUUAAGCACUCGUUAUGCCACCCUUCUGGACAUGCACGUCGCGCGGUUACGGCGUAAUCUGCUGGCGUCGUCGAAAGCGAGGAAGAACAGUCGAGGGAACACGCGACGAUCAUCCAUGGGCCCUCCUCCUUGGCCCGAGGCGGGCGAUCGGUCCAAUACUAUGAAUACCCCUGUAUCGCAGGACCUUACGUCCGAUCUGGGCUUCAUGCCGUCGUUGAACGAUGUCGGUGCCGAUGAUUGGCUGUCGCUGCCAUUUGAUCCUUCCAUGGCACCUUUCGGUAUGAGCAAUGGGGGACAGUUUCCAAUGUAUGAAGGUGGAGCGUUGGACUUUAUCUGGAAUCUGCCAUCGUAA